AUGCGGCGUUACAUCGCCACAUUGUUAGUAGUCCUCUCGCAUCUUCAAUCCGUUGAAUUGGUUAAAAUAAUCGACAAUGGCCUAGCCCCGCCAGAAAUUGUGCAUACGCCAGUGUCCACCAAACCACGCUGCAAAGUUUUCGCACCACCUCUUGACCUCGUUUUCAUUCUUGACUCGUCUGGCUCGUUGCGCGACAAAUUCCAGGACGAAAUCGACAUCAUCCGUCGAAUCAUCAAGCAUGUCACGAUUGGCAAAACAGCCACGAGGGUUAUGCUUAUCCAAUUCAGCGGUACACAGCACUUGGAAUUCAAUUUCGAGAAGUUCACCGACCGCGAAGAGCUGCUAGCUGCGUUGGAUGUACUUCGUCAUGUGUCAGGAAUUACACGAAUCGGAGGCGCUUUCGAAUUUGCGUUGAACGCACUGAAGAAACCAGAAAAUGGACUUCGCGACGGAAGUGUUCCGAAAAUUGUCUACCUUCUUUCAGACGGACGAACACACGACUAUCCAAAAGACUGGCAAAUGUCCGACACACUUCGCAAAUCGAUCCCGAAUAUUGAUAUUUGGGCGUACGGUACAGGCGAUUACGUGGCAAUGACCGCAUUGGCCAACUACACGCUGUCCGAAGACAAAAUUGUGACAAACAAAAAUCUUGAGAAGCUUGAACCACAAUUUCAAAAAUUCCGCGGUUCCGAGAUUUGUGAGCAACAACCAACAUGCGUCAAAGGAUCCGACAAACCAUUGGAUUUGGCCCUGGUCAUCGACGCUUCCGAAUCUCUUGAUCACCUAUUCACUGAUCAAAUCAAGUUUUUAACCGAUCGCGUAAUCGGAAAUGUCAACGUUCAUCCGGAAGCCGUGCGAGUCGCUUUGAUUUCUUAUUCCGGCAGCUCAUUCGUUCAUUUCAAAUUCAAUGAUUAUCGCUAUGGAAAUAACACAUCGAUUUUGGAAUUCAUCAAAAAUCUUCGAUCAAUCAAAGGCACCACCAACACGAACAUCGCAUUGGAAGACGCGCUGGACCUUUUGACAUCAAAAGACCCAUCGACCGGUGUAAGAGAGGGCGUCCCCAAAAUGGCUCUAGUGUUGACAGACGGCCACUCGCAUAGAUCGCCAAAAGAUAUCUCGGAAAAGAUGAGAGCCUUGGGCAUCAUAAUGAUCGCUGUAAGCGUGACACCUCGACCACUAGUCGAUGAAGCCGAGUUGCUAUUAAUUGCUGGCGAUGCCAAACGAGCAUUCAGUCCGCCAAACCUUUCCGAAUUCGAAUCCGAAUUUAUGAAGUAUGUCGGAUUCGGCUGCGACGGCAUCGAGCUUCCACCCGACGCGAAGCCACAGGUACGCGGUGCCACCGAUAUUAAGUGCACGGAAAAUUCCAUGAGUAUUGUGGUACGAACUCAAAGGCCAUUGCAAGGUUUAAUGUAUGCACACCACUAUCACGAUGUACCCGAAUGCAUGAUCAGAAAAACUGACAACAGCCGUGAAGUUCAAAUCUCAUUCACCGAGGGAACAUGCGGCCUCACGAAAACACCUUCUGCUAGCGGUGAUGGUUACUUUUUGAACAUCACAGUCAUCCUACAAUUCCACCCAUUGAUCAUCACUCGAGCUGACCAGGGAAUCGAUAUGUCGUGUUUCGUGCCGAGUGUGGUGCCACAAAACGAAAUUGCAAAUGGAGUAUUCAAAAAUGCAGCGGAUACUGAAUGCGUCUAUCGAUUACACAGGUACAAUCCCGGCCAAUGUGUUGCUCUCGAUGCCAAGGUCGGCGAGACACUCUACCAUCGAUGGGAAUGCGAUUGCCCACCCGAAUACAACUAUCUAGUUCACGACUGUUUCGUUCAAUCAGAAAAAAAUACACAACAAAUUCUCGACUCAAAUGGAUGCGAGGUUGACCAACAUUUUCUCGAGACACCCAACUAUUCACGAUUCCGAGAUUUCCCGGAAAUCGCGUAUGUCUUUCAAGAAAUGUCUGUAUUUAAAUUCCCCGGCGAUGGCGAUUUACUAUUCCAUUGCAAGAUUUCCAUUUGCAAUAUGAAGGAUCCAAAUGCACCAUGCGCUCAAAAUAUCCCACCAAACUGCCCAAAAAAACCAACAAUUUUACCAGUUCGACAAAAGCGGGAGACCCACAUCAGAGAGAAGCGACAAUUCGAACGCAACCGCCCACGACGUCAAAUUGUUGAAACGAAGCCUGGAUAUUAUAUGACACUACAUGUCGAAACUAGAACCCUCAACGUUCUCCUUAGCGAGAGCAUUCGCCCAAGAGAUAGCGUUAAAUACUGCGAUAUUUCGUAA